CCUACCAUCCACCUCACCCUCCCUUUCCCUCCCUCCCGGCAGCCCCAGCCCUGGCGAGCCGCCUCCAGCAGGGGCUCCGGAGAACAGGUCGGCGGCCUGGGCAGGGCAGCCGAAGCCAUGGAAGCCUCCGCAGGUUGCUGAGCAGGGCCAGACAGCCGCAGCCCCGACUGCAGAGGCGCUGCGCCAAGCGGGGCCGGAGCGGUGCUAGCCGGCGGGCUGCGGAACGCCAGCGGACUCAGGAGGCAGCCCCGCCACGGGGCAGGCCGAGCGGGCUCCCCAGAGGCCAUGACGUGGGAAGGGGUGAUGCCCGGCCAGGGGACUCCGGAGUCUGACCCCGGCUCAGUCUGAGCCUCCGCAGCUGGUGCCGGCCUGCCCCUGUUGGCCCUGCCCCACGCUGGGGGUGUGAAUGGGACAGGAAGCCCUAAGCCACACACCAGCGAGCACUCUGGGACGGUGACGUCGAGACUAGCCCAGCCUAACUUGGGGUUCCUGGUCCUGCUCCAGGAGUGCUCCGGCUUGCAGCCCCCGCCGAGAAGGGAGGAUUGUCCAGCGCGGGGUGGGGUCUGAGUCAGGGAUCGGGGGGCCUGGCUUGUAGUGUUGAGGACGCAGUGCUGCGCUGGUGGUCAGGUGGCCCUGCCCCGAUGCCUGUGUGACCUUGGGCAAGGCCUUCAAGCUUGCUGUCCACACUCAGUCAUCUGGAGAACUCGGGGUUGGAUCUAUGAUUUCUGGCUGCUCCUGAGGCCCUGACGACCGAGACUUUCAGUCAGGGCGCAGGAGUGUGGUAACAUCGCUGGUGAAGGCCACUGUGGCUAGCGCCUGGCCCACCAGGCCCUCACUCGGUCCUGGGGUGUCCUGCUGAAGGGUAAGAGAAGAAGCCAUGCCAGGCAGCGGCCCCAGCGAGAGAAUGACGUGGCCUGGUCCGGCCCUCCCCACGGCACCCCCAACGCGCCCUCUCUCCUCAGCCCCGGGGACACCGCCUCUCCCGCCCCUCACCCGGACCCGCAGCCUCAUGGCCAUGUCCCUGCCGGGCAGUAGACGGGCCUCUGCUGGAUCCCGCAGCGGGGGCCCUUUGGGCCGCAGCGGCCUGGCGGUGUUUGCCCAGUGCCCGCAGCUGCCCGCCAGCCAGAACGAGCACCUGCCUCUUCUUCCUGCCUCCAGGCGCACCUCUCCCCCCGUGAGUGUGCGGGACGCCUACGGCACCUCCUCUCUCAGCAGCAGCAGCAACUCAGGCUCCUACAAGGGCAGCGACAGCAGUCCCACGCCCAGGCGCUCCAUGAAGUACACGCUGUGCAGCGACAACCAUGGUGUCAAGCCGCCCACCCCAGAGCAGUACCUGACGCCCCUGCAGCAGAAGGAGGUGUGCAUCCGGCACCUGAAGGCACGGCUGAAGGACACCCAGGACCGGCUGCAGGACCGGGACACGGAGAUCGAUGACCUGAAGACGCAGCUGUCGCGCAUGCAGGAGGACUGGAUCGAGGAGGAGUGCCACCGUGUGGAGGCGCAGCUGGCCCUGAAGGAGGCGCGCAAGGAGAUCAAGCAGCUCAAGCAGGUCAUCGACACCGUCAAGAACAACCUGAUCGACAAGGACAAGGGGCUGCAGAAGUACUUCGUGGACAUCAACAUUCAGAACAAGAAGCUGGAGACACUGCUGCACAGCAUGGAAGUGGCCCAGAACGGCACAGCCAAGGAAGACGGCGCUGGGGAGUCGGCCGGCGGGUCCCCCGCCCGCUCCCUCACCCGCAGCUCCACCUACACCAAGCUGAGUGACCCUGCUGUCUGCGGCGACCGACCCCCCGGCGACCACCACGGGGCCUCUGCAGAGGACGGGGCUGACAGCGGUUUCGUGGGGACCGAGGACACGCUGAGCCGGACGGACGCGCUGGAGGCCAGCAGCCUGCUGUCAUCGGGGGUGGACUGCGGCCCUGAGGAGGGCUCGUUGCACAGCAGCUUUGGCCUGGGCCCCCGCUUCCCCGCCAGCAACACCUACGAGAAGCUUCUGUGUGGCCUGGAGGCCGGCGUGCAGGCCAGCUGCAUGCAGGAGCGCGCCAUCCAGACGGACUUCGUGCAGUACCAGCCGGACCUGGACGCCAUCCUGGAGAAAGUGACCCAGGCCCAGGUCUGCGGAGCAGUCCCUGAAUCGGGGGACAGGGGCCCAGAGCCGGAGCCCCACCCCCCAGGGCCCAAAGACUGCAGCUCCGCCGUGGUGGUGAUGGUGGGGGACGAGCUAGAGGCCCCGGAGCCCAUCACCCGGGGGCCGAGCCCACACCGGCCCGGUGCCAACCCCAGCCCAGGCCCAUCGGUGAGUGUGGCAUGCCCCGUGGAAGAGGAGGAGGAGGCGGCCGCUGAGAAGGAACCCAAGAGCUACUGGAGCCGCCACUACAUCGUGGAUCUGCUGGCUGUGGUGGUACCGGCCGUGCCCACGGUGGCCUGGCUGUGCCGCUCCCAGCGGCGCCAGGGCCAGCCCAUUUACAACAUCAGCUCCCUGCUGCGGGGCUGCUGCACUGUGGCCUUGCACUCCAUCCGCAGGAUCAGCUGCCGCUCGCUGGGCCAGCAGGGUCCAAGCCAGGCGGCCGGCAGCUCCCAGCUGUGAGCGUGUGCGGCCCCGGCCAGCAGCUCUGUCGGCCUGACCAAUAAUCGUAGGGGUGCCGCUCUCCUCCUGCUCAUGCCCCGGGGGCCUCAGCUGCUUGAUUUAGUUUCGGGUAGGGGAUGUGAACAGUGUCGGGGGCUGGGAGUCGGGGUUGGGGGAAGGCACCCCAAACUGUGAUAGGAGACAAAGGAAGAAAGACCAAAGGCAGAGAGGCACACGGAAGGGACACAUUGCAGAGCGAGGAGGUGGGGAGGUUCCCCAACCCAGCCCACCUGAACCUUCACACAGGGCCGCCCGCCCCUGCCCAGAAGUCUCCGGGGUGUCGAUGUGGGGAGGCUGGGCCUGAGGUGCCCAGGGGAGCCUCCCCACCCCCACCCCGGGUCCCAUCCCAUUGCUGCCCAUCCAAGCCUCCUCCCCAGCCACCCCCUGCCCUCAGUCCAGCCUUCUGGGCUAGUAUUACCUUCUUGCGUGGAGGCAGCUGCCCCCCAGAGUACAUGCUACCAGCCCAGGACUCUCAUCAGGGUCUGCAACCCCUGGGCCCCAGCUGCAGUUCUAGCAUCUUCCAACUGCUCCUCGCUUUGGGAUUCGGAAGUGUAGUCAGGCCAUAGGCAUGGGCCGGUGGAAAGACGGUGAUGGGCAAGAGGCGGCAGAGCGCAGUGUGGCUUCUGUGUCUGUCUGUCCGAGACCUUCCCCAGGCUCUGUUUCCCUCUCCGCGCUUCUGGCUGUGUCAGACCGUUCUUCCUGUGAGAGCUGAGCCAGACAGGCUAGUGCUGGGGCUGGAGCCUCUGCCGGCCAGAGAGGAGGAGGCAGGGGCCGGCAGUUCAGGGGCGCUCCUCCAGCCUUCUGAGACAAGGUCCGGCAGGCUGGCAGGAGGGCUGGACUCGGCAAUCCUCCGCUGGUUUGAGAAGCUAGGGGCCAUGAUGGCCCCUGAAGCUCAGCCCGAGUUUCACUGGGGGCCUCGGGCCCAGCUUCCACUUUGCACUAUGUUCACUUUGGGGCUUGGCUCUCAUGCGCCCCAGCAUCUCCACUGAGGGGCUGCUUGCAUUCUAGUAGGGCUCCUAAACUUAGACCUAGCUGCCUCUGGAGGAAAGCCAGCAGGAUGGACGGCAAGAUGAGAUACGGAAGCCAUGAUGUUUGUCCAGGCCAAAGCAGGGCACCCGGGUCAUCUCCCAGGCAAGGACGGGGCCUCCCUGCUCACAGCCCUGAGGCCACUUGGCCUGGGAAGCUUCACUGUCCCCCCUCCUUCCCUGGGACCCGACAUUGGGUCCCCCAGCAAAGCUGCUGACCUUUUACCACCACUAUUAUUUGACAAAGUAAACCCGCUCCUUCUCCCCAGUGGGGCUUAUACCCGUCUGGUGGCCCCUCCCACUCUUCAGAGAUUAGGCCCCACAUGGGGGGCAGGUGGCCCUGGCGGGACCCUGUAUCUUACUCAUUCCUCUGGCCCUGGGGCCACUGGUUCUCUGCCAAGGUUGCUCACCGGCCCCCGCUGCUCCCACAGCUGCCGCCCGAGUUGGGGGCUCCGCCUUUCUUCUCUGCACCCUCCAAUCAAAGGGGGGGCCCUGCAUGCACUGGGAGUGGGCAGCCAGCUCAGCCAUGGGGCCGGCAGCCCCCUCUGCCACAUGCUUUGUGCCUCCAAAGCCUCCUUUCCCUGGCUGGGGCCUCACACCACCCGUCCUUUGCAGAGCACCACCACCCCAGCAGAAGCGCACCUGAAGUCCUGGGGCCUGGCUGGGGCUGCCCCACAGACACUGGGGUUGUGCCAUGGAGGGGCCGUGGACACACCCAAUCCAAAGCCAAGCCGGGCCUGGCCGUGGACCCUGCCUCCCGUGCUGUGCACUCACGGAGCUGCGUAGCAUCUCCUUAGAAAUAGUCCAAGCUUUGCCAAGAAAAUAAAUGUCUGACUAUAUUUGACAACAUGAAAUCUAUAUAUUUUUCACACUGGAAU